AUGACAGUGUUCGAUCAUAUAGUUGAGUACUUAGAUAAAGCUGCACCUCAUAAAAUUCAACGAACGUCUUCUCCGAAUAUUCUUUGUACAAAAGUAGAGCCCCAUUGGCGGUCGAACAAAUCCUUACCUUACCCAUUUACUGUUAUAUUAUUGACACCUGUUAAAGAUGGAACUAAGGUGACCGUCGCCGUUGGUAAUGAAGACACACCUUGUGGGGACAUCAGGAAUGAAACAGCUAAAUUUCAGAGGCAGAUAGCCAAGUUCAACGAUCUGAGAUUUGUAGGAAAAAGUGGAAGAGGGAAAAACUUUCAUAUCACCAUAACUGUUCAUAGCAAACCGCUCAUGGUGGCUGUUGUGCCACAAGCAAUAAAGGUUACGGUAGACGGUCCUCGUGAUGCUCGUACUUCCAAACCAUGCGACCAGAAAAGAAAAAGAGGAAUAGACAUAACAGCAUAUCAACCUUUAUACGGAACCAGUCCGAUGAUUCCAACCUAUAUAUAUCCCUGUUUAACGUUCAAUGCUUUAACACCGCCACCUACUAUUCCACAAGUCUCAGUGGAUUACUCGCCAGCCGUGCCGGUAAAGAAACCUUCUCAUCCGAACUACUGUGGCCCCAGAAAAAAACAUACUGAAUCGGUACAAAUUUGGAGACCGUUCGAGAAUUGA